UAGUGUGUCCUUGUUCUUGCUCCAUUAUCCUGUUGUCAACAACACAUCCUGUGAGAAUCUGCAGUCAUUACCACACGGCUGAGCAGAGAUGUGAACCAAGUCUUCCCAGCUAAAUUCCAACAUACUAACCACUACACCACCUUUUCACAGUUCACUGUCACCUGAUCCUAAUAAAUUAUUAUUAGCUGCUCUUGGGGUUUGGGAUGAACUGAAUAACCCUCAGAGAGGGGCUGAAGACCCUCAGGGAGAGGGCUGCAUAACCUCAGAGAGGGGCUGAAGACCCUCAGGGAGAGGGCUGCAUAACCUCAGGGGGGGGGCAGAGAGAGCAAUGGGCUGCAUAACCUCAGAGAGAGGGGGGCUGCUGUGGGCUGAACAAUUUUCAGCGCUGAUGUGCCUGUCCCUCCACCUUUAUCUUGCUGUAGAUAGCCGGGACGAGGUCCAGAACAUCCAAGAAGCACGCACAGCAGGAUCUUGGUAGGCAUGCCUUUAUGGAAUCAUAUGGCUUCCUUUAUGGAAUCAAUCCAUGUCUUGUUUGGCCUUCCUAUUUUUCUACUCCCUGCUAUUUUCCCAAGCAUUAUAAAAGAUUAUUCUUAGUUUAUAUAAUCUUUUAUAAGACGUUUCAUCUUGAUGCAAUUAAAAACCAUUCAAUUGCUUCAGCAGGCAAAAAAGUCAUUAAGUGGUCUGCCAAGACCCUCAGUAAUGUUCAAGUAGUGGUGGUGGUGAGUUUGCAAAUCCCUGGUCUAUCGCCUUGCUGUCUGGUUGUGAGCUUACAGGAUGUGUUUGACUGGCCAGGGUUGGAUGCUGGGUUUGAAGAACAUAAGGACAGCCCUGCUGGAUCAGCCAAAGGCCCAUUUAGUCCAGCAUCUUCUUUGCACGGUGACCACCUAGAUGCCUGUGGGAAGCCCACAAGCAGGAACUCCGUGCAGCAGCGAGUCCCCACUUGUGAUUCCCAGCAAAUGUUACACAGAGCCAUAUAGCUUGUGAUAUGAAGGGCCUUUACUCUGAUCCAACAGGGCUCCUCCAGCAGCAUUGUGGCAUACUUGUGUGCAGGGCUGGAUUACCCACUAGGCCCCUGCAUUAGUGCCUAUGAAACUCCUACAGGUCUACAAGAAAGUUUGGGAUCUACAAAAUAAGUUAAUUAAUGCAAAUUAUUGUCUGAUGUAGCAGUUUAAUAGUGGAUUAAAUGUCUGGUGUGAAUGUGGCCUGAGUUUUAGCAAGUGGAGGAAAGCUGAAUGACGAAGAGGAAGCCAAGGUUCUGAUGGAAUGCCUCUCCCGAUAUGAACCUACCCGUACACUGCGCUCCACAUCAAAGGCCCUCCUCCGGGUGCCUACUCAGAGGGAAGCUCGGAGGAUGACAACGAGAAAAAGGGCCUUCUAAGUGGUGGGCCCCGAAUUAUGGAAUGAUCUUCCUGAUGAGCGAAGGAUAGUCUGUGAAGAACUUUGGAGGAUCAUUUGAUUGACUUGUGAAGCACAGUCAACAGCACUGUGGUGCUGUUGUGCUGCACAUCUGUUGUUUCAAUACAGCCAGAAGGAGAGAAGCCGAAGAAGAAAUAUGCAGCAUCAUUUCAGACUGAAUGGUUGCAGAAUGAUAAUUUCAAAGACUGGAUCGUAAAAGUAGAUGAUUCUCUUGCCAGAUGCAAGUACUGUAAUUCUACUUUUACUGUGAAACACAAUGGUGUCAAGGCCGUUCGGAGACACAAGGAAAAUGCUGCACACAUUAGAGCCUCAAGAAUGGUGAAUCAGAGUGCUGCCAUGACAUCCUUCUUUGCAAAGAAAAGUACACCAGAAAUGCUCCGUGUUGCUGCUAUAGAGGUUAGCAACUUGUAUCAUGCAGUUAUGCACCAGCACAGUUACAUGAGCAUGGAUUGUGGAAUGAAACUGAUUUCUACAACGAUCGAGGACUCUGCUCUUGUUAAAAAACUGCACUGUGGAAGAACCAAGGCAGAGUGCAUUGUUGAAAACGUGCUUGGACCAAAAUCAAUAGAAAAUGUGGUGCAGGCACUGGGUGAACGUUCCACUAAAAAAGUUCCUUUUUCAAUUGCCACGGAUGCCUCUAACAAAGGCAACCGUAAAAUGUUUCCUGUGGCUGUGCGUUACUUUGAUGCUGACCAUGGAGUCCAAGAGAAACUGCUGGACUUCUAUGAGUUACCAUCAGAGACUGCUGUUGCCAUCAGCAAUAGCCUUCUGAAGACUGUGACUGAUCUGGGAUUAUCUGUUGAAAAUAUAGUGGUUUACACAGCAGACAAUGCUGCUGUCAGUUACGGGGUAAGGAACUCUGUAUUAUAGUUCCUAAAGCAACAGAAAAGUUCCAUUGUGAAGGCAAACUGUUUUUGCCAUGUUCUACACAAUGCUGCCAGGAAUGGCUGGUUUAACAGGAAGUACGAUGUUGCGUAUCUGGUUCAUAAGGUAUACACGGAGUUAUCCAGGAGCACCCUUAAAAAUGAGAAACUGAGGGAAUGCUUUGAUGAGCUAGGCAUGCAGUACCAUGCAGUAAUUAAUCAUGGAAACACACGGUGGCUCUCUCUUUUCCCAGCUGUUGAGUGGCUACUCCAAUUGUGGCCUGCUAUAAAAUCCUAUUUCCUGGAGCUUGGGGAAGAGCAGACCGAUGACAUGAUAUGGAACUUUAUUGGAGACCAGGCAGAUGAGGCAACUGGUGACACAACUGAAAAGAUUUCUGUCCCAGAAUGUUACCUCUACUUUGUGCAUCACUACAUGCAACUGUUUCAUGAGACUAUUAGUCUUUUGGAAAGAAAGCACUCAGUAAGUCCACACCUCCACACCUUCAUGUGCAGCUUGAGGGAGAAGCUGGUAAAUCGUGUGGACAACAGAUUUUUUGGAGCAAAGGUGCUUUCUGGUCUAAAACACCUCCCUGAAUCUCAACGUGCAUCUUUCACUACAGAUGCUCUCCAGAUGUACAAUCGGGCAAUAGCAUACCUUGAUAAAUGGUAUGAUUUUGAGAACUCACAAUUAAAAGAGUUCACAGCCUUUGAUCUGGACAGAGAGUCAGAUGAGCUAACAGUGGACCAUGUUAGUAAAGUGGCUUCAAAUCUGGGCAUUGAAGUUGAUGUUGAUGGACUUUUUGAUGAACUUUGCCUGGUUAAAAAGUUUGUGCCUGAGGUCAGAACAUCUGAUCUUCCUCUAGAUGAGAAAUGGGUGCAGUUGCUAAAGAGCAUCAGAUCAAGAAUUCUGGUGAAGGUUGUCAGUGCAGUGUUUGCCAUCCCAGUAAGCAGUGCUUUCGUGGAGAGAGUGUUUUCACUCAUGGGCAACGUAUGGACUGACAACAGGAACCAUAUGUUAUCUUCCCUUGUGAAAGCAGAGCUUUGUGUCAAAUUAAACUUUGGCUUGAACUGUGCUGAUUUUUUAAAAUAUGUGAAGGAAGAGCAAAGAUUGCUUAAAGCUUGUGUUUCAAAUGAGAAGUACAAAUUCUAAACUCAGCCUGUUUAGUUAUUUAACACCAGUUCCUACAGUGAAAGCACCUUGUUCAUUAUUUCUGUUUUUCUUUUAUAAAGAGUAAUACUGUUUAUAAUGUUUAUAAUGGUUGAAAACAUCCCUUGGAUGUCAUCCACUUCUCUUUUGUAAGAGGGAUAAAUGUCUAAAUCCAGCUGCUAGUUAAUUGACACCAUGUAAAUUCCAUUGCUUCAGUGGGUCUCUAC